AAACCAAAUUAUCCAACACCAGGCAGAAACUCUGCUCUCCAUGUUACUCCUUCACCUAGUGAUUCCGGUAUCGUUGACUACGAGACCCUCAUUCGUGACAAAGAAAAUGAGCUCAGAGUGGUGAGGAAUACAAUGGAGCAAAAUGAGGAAAUCAUCGUAAAGGUGUACCAAGAAAAAGAACGUGCAUGGAAAGAAGAAUUGGAACAUCUGCGAUCACGUCUCAGCGCAUCAGAAAAAGGUGAAAAUGCCCUUCGAGCACAACUAGCCGGCUGUCAAAAGCAGACGGAGAACAUGAGCAGGACCAUCGAUGGUCUUCGGGAUGAGAAGACAGGCUUGCUUAGAAAGUGUUUCCAACUUGAACGUGAACUAACGCAAAUCAAAAUGGAAAUGGAGAAGGCACGAGAAUGUGACGAAUGUCGGCAACGUCAUUCUGGCCCGUUGUCCAGGCGAACACAAAAAGCUAACGAGUUUCCCAUUAUAGAAAGCUAA